AUGCCAAUCGUCUCAAAAACCAUCCUCUAUUCUUUCUUUUAUUUCUUUCUUUUUCCUUUUUUCUUUCUUCUUUUCUUUUUCUUUCUUUUUCUUUCCCAUCUUUUUUUUAUUUCUUUUUCUUCUUCAUUCUUUCUACUUUUCUCUUUCUUCUUUUUCCUCAUAUUCGUUUUUCUUUCUUCGUCUUCUUUCUUUCUUUUUCUUUAUAUUUCUUUUCCUUUCUUUCUUUCUUCCUCUUCUUCUUCUUUCUACAUCUUUUUCCUUUCUUUCUCUUUUUUCAUUCUUUCUUUUUUUCUUUCUAAUUUUCUUCAUAUUCUGUCUUUCCCCUACUUUUUUCUUUCUUCUUUUUUCUUUUCUUCUUCUUCUUUCUUUCUUAUUUUGUCCUUUUCUUUUUUUUUCCUCCUCUUUUUUCUUUCUUUUUUCUUCUUUUUUCUUUUUUCUUUUUUAUUUCUUUCUUUCUUUUUUCUUUUUUCAUUUCCUUUCCUCAUAUUCUUUCUUUCUUUUCUUUUACUUCUUUUUCUUUCUUCUUUUCCUCAUAUUCUUUCUUUCUUCUACAUUUUUCUCCUUUCUUUCUUCUUCUUUCUUUCUUCUUUUUCUUUUAUCUUUUUUCUUUCUUUCUUUUUUUUCUUCGUUUCCUUUCCUCAUAUUUUUUCUUUCUUUUCUUUUACCUCUUUUUCUAUCUUCUCCUUUUUUUAUCUUUCCUCUUUUUCUUUCUUCUUUUUCUUUCCUCCCGUGCUUUCUUUUCUUCAAUCUUUCUUUUUUCUUUCUUCUACUUUCUUUGUUCACUUUUCUUUUUUCUUUCUUUCAUCAAUUUCUUUAUUUGUUCAUCUACUUUGUUACUAA